AUGGGCCUCAAGUACCUCGCUUGCGCCGCGGCCAUCGCCGCCGUCGCGACACAUCCUUGGCUAGCCACGGCCGCCUCCAAGGUUGAUGUCGAGGCCAACAUGACUGCCCUGACCGGUGGCGAACUCGAAGCGGAUUGGACAAACGUAUUCUACUCAAAAGAGAAGCCUCUACUUCUGGGAAACGAUGGAGGUGCUGCCACGGGAGGGUUUCACGCUUGGGAUUUGAACAGCGACUCGCCACUGGCCGAGGUCAAGUCCAUGACCACCGGUCGAACAAAGCUCAUCACGACGGUCUACAAUGUCACGGGGAAAGACUAUGCGCUUACGAUUGCGAUGCCGGACUCCAUCAUUCGCGUCUACGAGAUGCCGGGGUUUACGGAAAUUGAAUCAGCCCAAGUGACGAUGCUUGGAGAUUGGGCGGCAAUGUGCUCGUGGCGCACCAAGAGUCUGAACGACUAUGUAUUUCUUUUCGGUAAGACCGUGGUGGUGCAGUAUCUAGUUCGCCCAGCCAAGGACUCCAUUGAACUGGUGGAGGUUCAAAGCAUCCCGGUCCCAACGGAAUUCUCUGGCUGUGCGGUAGUGCAAUCUCAGGCUAAGAUGGUUGUCAAUGCCGACGAUGACAAGGAUGUUUACGUUUUCGAUCUCAAAGAAUCGACUAUUGCCCCAGAAAUCACCAAGCUUGGCGAGGCUGCACAAGAUGUGACUGGUAUUGCAACGUAUUUCUCGAAUUCUACUGGCACUGAAUACCUGUUUGUCGCCCAAGAAAGUAGCGUUGCUGUCUACAAGUACCCGUUCGACCUGCUCGGCAACAUCAAACUGAGUGGCCUGGAGGAUAUCGAAGUCCAGGGCCUCAGCAUCUACCAGGGAUCGACCUCAAAGUACCCCAGCGGCGCUCUUGGCUUUGCUGUUGAAGCGGAUAACGUUGCCGGGUUUGGGCUGGUGUCUCUGGAUGGAGCUCUCGAUGACCUCGGGAUAGAUGUCAACACUGCGUAUGACCCUCGGAAUCAGACUGAAAGCCGUACUCGCUCCCCGAUUUGCGACGCCUGUUCCUCCAACGGCUACUGUCAGGAGAACGCCCUCGGAUGCGGUUGCUUCGCUGGUUUCACUGGCGACAAGUGCGAUCAGAUCCAGUGCAUGAAUAACUGCUCUGGACAUGGCGAGUGUGUUGGGCCACAACAAUGCAAAUGCGAGAAUGGAUGGGGAGGUCUCUUCUGCUCGGCUGUGUUGGUUGAGGCUUCUUACGAAACCGACCAAAAUGGCGGCGAUGGAGAUGACCCCGCCAUCUGGAUAUCGCCAGGAUCAGCCGAGAAGUCCCGCAUCAUUACUACGACCAAGUCUACCGAGGGUGCAGGCUUAGGUGUUUUCGACCUGAAGGGGAAGCUGCUUCAGACUCUGCCGGCGGCGGAACCUAACAACGUUGAUAUGAUUUACGGCUUCCAGGCUGGAAACAGGACUGUCGACCUCGCUUUUGCUGCUUGCCGUGGCGACGAUACACUUUGCAUUUUCGAGAUGACAUCAAAUGGAACUCUGAAGGACAUCCCCGGCGGUAUCCAGCCUGUGCCGGAAGACUACAAAGUCUAUGGUUCCUGUGUGUACAAGUCUCCCACGAGCGGCAAGCAGUACCUCUUCGUCAACGAGAAGUCCGCCCGUUAUCUCCAAUACGAGCUGACGUCCAAUUCGAACGGGACUCUUCAGACCACUCUCGUCCGCGACUUCACAGGCGGUGCAGGGGGCCAAGUCGAAGGCUGUGUAACGGACGAGGAAAAUGGCUGGAUCUUUCUUGGUGAGGAGCCUUCUGCGCUGUGGCGCUACGGUGCCGAGCCUGACUCGUCGGAUGAUGAUGCCAUUCAAAUUGCUUUCGUGGGCGACGGCCAAACCUUCGCCGACGUGGAGGGCGUUACCCUCGUCUACGGCGUCAGACCUGAUCAAGGAUACAUCCUCGUGUCCAAUCAGGGCAUCAGUUCUUACAACGUGUACACCCGGGCAGAUCCUCACUACUACGUGACGACUUUCACAAUCCCCAAGUCGUCAGAUGGCCAGAUCGAUGCUGUUUCGAACACCGACGGCAUCACUGCGGUGGGAACACACCUCGGAAAGGACUUUCCUCACGGAUUGUUUGUUACUCACGAUGAUGCGAACCAACUGCCUGAUGGUAGCACCAGCACCGAAGCUAGCUUUAAGCUGGUGAGCUUGGAGAAGAUUCUCGGGGCCGAUAUGAUCAAGACUAUGAACCUUCUUGACGAUGUUGAUGCUAAUUGGGACCCGAGGAAGUAA